AUGUGCGAGGCGGUUUUCACAAACAUCAACAAGCUGCUUAUGCGGGCCCUUAAAAAGGCCUACCCUGAGCUGCCAUGGGUGGUGGUGACAGAGAGGCUUACUCGCUACUUCGAGGUACCUCAGCAACAGAACGGUGUGGACUGCGGGGUCUACGUCUGUAUGUUCACCAAGGAGCUUGUAGGCCGAUGUUUCCAAUUCAUGGAAGAAGGGAUCCCCCAUCCACGUUACAGUGCCGCGCAAUGCCGGCGUGACAUACGUACUCUGAUGUGCGAGGCAGGCGAUACUCUGCUGGAAUCGCUGACACUGAAGGGGGCCGUUAUUCCCCCACAGAGUGAGCAGCACGGGGGGGAUGAGAGUGAUAGCGACGACGUAGUUGAGGAGAUCAAGGAGCCAACGGUUAAGGAUGUGGCGGCGGAGCAGUGUGUCCAUGCUGCACAGCUCAAGCACCUGCAUGAAGACCAGCUGGCUGCCAGGGUUGGGUUCAAGCUUCCGACGGCUGAUCUGGAGGUUUUAAACAGCGACGAACACACCACCUCUACCGCUACAGCCCCUCCGGUCCCUCGUACGGCCAGCGCAUCUUUAGAAGCUCCUCUGAGCAGGAGUGGUGCUGCCCACGCGUCCACUGCCGGUCCGUCACAUGCGCGUCCACCAAUUUCCGCGACAAAUCCGGUUGAUGCAGCAUGUGUUACUACAGCAGCAGCGGGCCUGCCAGGUGUCGCUGAUGGUGCUCUGCCAGCUGCAGCGGCGCAGCCAGGUGCACCUGCAGGUGCUCUUCCAUCUGUUCCAGGUCAGCCAGGUGCCUAUGCCGGCGUUCGGGCAACUGGGGCUGGACAGCCAGGUCCAACAGCAGUUAUGACAGCAUCUCCAGGAAGUCUGCCAGGUGCACUUCCUGCAGCUGCUGCUGGUCAGACAGGUGCAGCAGGCGGUGUUCUUACCGUACCGACUGGUCAGACAGGUGCAGCAGCCGGGGAGACUACCAUGCCGACUGGUCAGACAUGUGCAGCAGCCGGGGCUCCUACUGUACCGACUGGUCAGACAGGUGCAGCAGCCCAUGUUCCUACCGCCUGUACGGGUCAGACAGGUGCAGCCGCCGGUGUACCAACAGCAGCCGCGGGUCAGCCAGGUCCAGCAGCCGGUAUUCCUACAGCAUCGGCCGUUCACGCAACUGGAGCAGCCGGUGUUCCGGCAACAGCCGCGGGCCCGCCAGGUGCAGCAGCCGAUGUGCCGGCACCGGCCGCGGGUCCGCCAGGUGGAGCAGCCGGUGUUCCGACAGCAGCGACUGGUCAGCCACCUGCAGGCCUUGGUGUUCCGACAUCGGCCGCGUGUCAGCCAGGAGCUGCAGGCAUUGCUCCGACGCCUGCUCAUGCGCUGCCAGACGCAACUGCGUGGGAUCCAGUGUCAUAUGCGCUCGGUUCAACUGCGUGGGCCCCUGGAGUAGAGGCACAGGCUCAAGGUGCCACGGGGCAGCCUAUCAACGCAGCUGUGGUUCAGUCUAGAAACGAUGAGUGGGACCUAGUGGGACCGCACACGGAACUCACCACGUUUCACAGAGGUGUGCAGUUUUUUGCCCCCUGUGCCUUUCCACCCGGCGCGCAAUUGCAGGGAGCACGCGCACCAUCUGCGGUGGGGUUUGCGCAGCAUGCAGGUGCUGUUCAAUCGGUGGCCUCAGCAUCCGCCGCACCAUCAUGGCCGAUUGGCCAUGCUCAGCAACCUCCAAACGUGGUUUACCUCGGAUCUGGACAGCCGCACGCCUUCGUGCAUCUGCCACUGUCGACGCAUCGCCCCCCGCUGCAUUACUCUGCUACUUUCCUCGUCUAUGAUGAGGCGCUCGAUAAUGCCAGCCAGCUACCUGGUCACACAUCUGCCUCCCGUGGUCGGGUUCUAUCGAGCAUGCUGUCCGGUUACCUGCAGGGGUCCCACCAGAUUGGGCAGAGCGCUAACGUGCUGAUGGUUGAUGCUCUUGGCAUUAGAGACGGUUUUGAGAUUCAGCCGACAACCAUUGACUUCCACAGCGUGUGA